GGGAGGAGCUAAUGGGUUGGCUCUAUCACUAUAUCAGGUAGCCUUAAAACUUAAGUCUAAAGAAAAUUGACAAGACGGAGCCUAUGGCAAACUUGAAGGUGGGGACCACGUCCACCAUCGACCACGACCGCUAUUCCGCAGAUUGUCAUCUUGCUGCGCCACUAUGCCCUGCCCUGCCCUGCGUGUCAGAUCGCCCGAGGAGAAGUCCCCCAUCCCGCGGCGGAGAGUGGAUGUACCACCGGCCAUGGUUGCCCUCAUCAUCUCCCUCCUCUCGUUCGCUGUGGUGAUUGGGGAAGGGGAGGCCACUGAAGCUGCCACUCAAGUUAAUAACCACUCAGAGUCUCAGUGCCUGGACUGGGGAGAGGUGGAGCAGCCCGUGGCUGUGCAGGAGGGGGAGGUCGGGUGGCUGCGAUGCCCGCUCCACCACAACGUCUACAACUACAGCGCCACGCAGGCCAGCGGCCUCACCCUCCUCUGGUACCGCAAGGCAGCCGGCCAGUCUCAGGAGGAACCCAUUAAACUCAAACAGUACCCCAAGGACAGAGAGUGGCUGUGGCUGGAACCGGCCACCCAGCAAGACUCGGGCAAAUACACCUGCAUGUUGAGCAACAAGACAUUUUGCAUCAGGGUCUCCAUGAGGCUCGAGGUGAUUCCCCCAGGAGCCGGGUGUGUGGAGCAGGUGGUUGUAGCGCCCAAAGAGGUGCGCAUCCCCCUCAUGGGCAUGAAAACGUUCUCGUGUCCCGACGUCGACAUGGUGCAGCACCGCCACCUCAGCUACACCACCACGUGGUACCAUAAAUCUCAACAGAAAUGCAAGACCAUUAAAGAACUUGGAAGACAGUACAUGCAAGCUGAAGGUGACAGUGUCACAGUGUAUAGCAUGUUCGAGUUUUUCCAGGGAAACUACGCAUGCGUGGUCUCGUACGACAAGGCUGGUCGACAUGUCAACUUCACCAGAGUGAUCCACGCCGUCGCUGUGUCCAAUGACAAGGUUCGUAAAGAGCCCACCAUACUCAACCCGGCCGAGGGGCAAGAUUACGCUGUUACGAAAGGAGAGCCUGCAGCAUUGACCUGUAGGGCCCUGCUGCCCUACAUCGAGACGGAGGCCGGCGAGACAGAGACACAGGAUCUCUGGUGGACCGUGGACGGCAAAAGAAUAGAGAAUGUGGGUGACCAGCGCUACAAUGUCACCUCCAGGAUUGUACUCGAGGAGUUGAAGGACGAGACCAGAGAGACUGUGCUGCACAUUCGUGACUUCAAGGGGGAGGAUCUGCACAAAGAGUUCCGCUGCUCCGCUCGCAACAGCCGAGGCAAUGCCACCAGCCAAGCGAUCCUCAAGGAGGAGGUGGGGAAGCCAUACGUGGAGCUGAUCUGUGGGCUGGCUACGAUCGUAAUUAUCAUGGUGUCCAUGUUAGUCAUUUACCAAGUCUUCUGGCUGGAGCUCCUUCUCUUGUACCGCUCCCACUUUGGCUCCGACGAGAGGUCCACAGAUGAUAAGGAGUAUGACGUGUACAUCUCGUAUGCGCGGCAAAGCGAGGAAGAGGAGUUUGUGAUCAAGACACUGCGCAAGGUGCUGGAGAACGAGCUGGGCUACACCGUGUGCAUCUUCGACAGAGACAGUCUUCCUGGAGGCACCAUAACCGAUGAGACUCUGUCUUUUGUGAACGCCUGCCGGCGCCAGAUAGUGGUGGUGAGCCCCGAGCGCGAGGUCAAGGGCACCCAGGCCAUGCUGGAGCUGCGGGCCGGGCUGGACCGCAUGGUGUCCGGCGGGGGCCUGCGGGUCAUCCUGGUCCAGUACAAGCGCAUCAGCCGCGACAGCUGGGUGCGGGAGCUGAAGCGGGCCCGCGGCGUUCUGGCGCUGGUCCGCUGGGAGGGCGAGCGCUCGCAAGACCUCUCCUCGCGCUUCUGGAAACGGCUGCAGGUGGAGCUGCCCGUCAGGAGGGUCAAGGAGUCGCCGUCGUCGCUGCCGCUGGAGUCGGUGGUGACGACGACGGCGGAGGAGAGCUCGGUGCCACUGAAGAGUAAAGAGGCCGUGAGGCGCAUAGGAGCCCUAAGCUGUUUAAAGGCGUGACGUUGUGUGGACAGGAGAGUUGAACAGGUGAUCAGGCUCACCAAGUGCUCUAAAAGGACAAGUAUUGCUAGCCUGGCUCUGACCAAGUGUUCAUUUUCUCACUGAUUGCAUCCUGGCAUCCUAGUAUUAUUAGCGUCCACUUGACUAGUGGAGAAGAGCACCAAGAUCCACUUCCUGAUUCCAUGUAUUAUUUGUUGUUUUGUUAUUAAUUUAUAAGUAAUAUUAAUUGUUUGAUGUAUAUAGAAAUGUAUAACCAUAACCAUUUCUUAUUUACACUACAUUAAUAGGGCAGCUCUAAUUUUGCACUCUUUUUCAUUUGUAUCUAUGUUCAACAUUUAUUAUAUAUAACAUCGUUUUUAUAUAUAUACAUAUAUUUAUACUGUCUUUUUUUUAUAUUAAAUUCGAUAUAU